AGUUAUAUAUGCAGCAUGCAGCGCUGAGUGCCGGUGCACGGUUACGGUUCACGCGUGGCGGAUAGCUCAGAGCGGCGCAAUGAAGGACCAGUUUAGAGAAACCGAUGUGGCCAAGAAGAUAAGCCACAUCUGCUUUGGGGUGAAGUCUGCAGAGCAGAUGAGGCAGCAGGCACACAUCCAAGUGGUAAGCAAGAGUCUGUACAGCCAAGACAACAACCAUUCUCCUCUUCCUUUUGGGGUCCUGGACCAUCGUAUGGGUACUAGUGAGAAAGAUCGCCCCUGCCAGACUUGCGGGAAGAACUUGGCUGACUGUCUAGGUCAUUAUGGAUACCUAGAUCUUGAAUUACCUUGCUUUCAUGUAGGGUAUUUCAAGGCUGUGAUUGGCAUUUUACAGAUGAUCUGCAAGACCUGCUCACAUAUCAUGCUGAGCACAGAAGAGAAGAAACUGUUUUUGGAUCACUUAAAGAGGCCCGGCCUUACAUACCUGCAAAAGAGAGGACUUAAGAAAAAAAUCUCUGAGAAGUGCCGCAAAAAGACAACUUGUUUGUACUGUGGGUCCUUCAAUGGCCCAGUAAAGAAGUGCGGUUUGCUCAAAAUCAUUCAUGAAAAGUACAAGACUACUAAAAAGGUGGUAGACCCCAUGGUGUCUCACUUUUUACAGUCUUUUGAGAACGCUAUAGAGCACAACAAGGAAGUGGAGGCUCUCUUAGGGCGGGCACAAGAAAAUCUGAAUCCAUUAGUGGUGCAGAAUAUUCUGAAACGGAUCCCAGCUGAAGACAUUCCCUUAUUACUUAUGAAUCCAGAAGCUGCGAAGCCAUGUGAUCUUAUCCUCACCAGGCUGCUUGUUCCUCCACUCUGUAUCCGUCCUUCCGUAGUGAGUGACCUUAAAUCUGGCACUAAUGAAGAUGACCUCACUAUGAAGUUGACAGAAAUUAUAUUCUUAAACGAUGUAAUCAAGAAGCAUAGAAUCUCAGGAGCCAAAACUCAGAUGAUUAUUGAGGACUGGGAUUUCCUUCAGUUGCAGUGUGCACUAUACAUAAAUAGUGAACUCUCUGGGAUUCCUUUAAAUAUGGCCCCGAAAAAAUGGACGCGUGGCUUUGUUCAAAGGCUAAAGGGCAAGCAAGGUCGGUUCAGAGGGAAUCUCUCUGGUAAAAGAGUAGAUUUCUCUGGCCGCACAGUUAUCUCUCCUGAUCCAAAUCUCCGUAUUGAUGAAGUUGCUGUUCCUGUGCAUGUGGCCAAAAUACUUACUUUUCCUGAAAAGGUCAACAAAGCAAAUAUCCAUUUUAUGAGAAAGCUAGUGCAGAAUGGGCCAGAUGCACAUCCAGGGGCAAACUUCAUCCAGCAGAGACAUACCCAAAUGAAAAGAUUUCUUAAGUAUGGUAACCGUGAAAAGAUAGCUCAAGAACUCCGAUAUGGAGACACGGUGGAGCGGCACCUCAUAGAUGGAGACAUUGUUCUUUUCAACAGACAGCCGUCCCUGCACAAACUCAGCAUCAUGGCUCACAUAGCUAAGGUUAAACCGCAUAGAACUUUUCGCUUCAAUGAAUGUGUCUGCACACCAUACAAUGCUGAUUUUGAUGGGGAUGAAAUGAACCUUCAUCUCCCCCAGACAGAGGAGGCCAAGGCUGAAGCCUAUGUGUUGAUGGGGACUAAAGCUAACUUGGUCACACCACGUAAUGGAGAGCCACUGAUUGCUGCUAUUCAGGACUUUCUUACCGCUGCCUAUCUCCUGACUCUCAAGGACACAUUUUUUGAUCGUUCCAAAGCUUGUCAAAUCAUUGCAUCUAUUUUGGUUGGUAAAGAUGAAAAGAUUAAAGUCCGCCUGCCUCAUCCAGCAAUCUUAAAGCCAGUAACUCUGUGGACUGGAAAGCAGAUCUUCAGCAUUAUCCUUCAACCAAGUGUGGACAAUCCUGUCCGUGCCAACUUGCGUACCAAGGGCAAACAGUACUGUGGGAAAGGAGAGGAUCUGUGCCAUAAUGAUUCUUAUGUUACAAUUCAGAACAGUGACCUGAUGAGUGGUACCAUGGACAAGGGAACUUUGGGUUCUGGCUCGAAGAAUAACAUUUUCUAUAUCCUUCUGAGAGACUGGGGGCAAGUUGAGGCUGCUGAUUCUAUGUCACGCCUGGCAAGACUGGCACCGGUAUACUUGUCAAACAGAGGUUUCUCCAUUGGCAUUGGAGAUGUUACUCCAGGACAAGGUCUACUGAAGGCCAAACAGGAUCUUUUAGAUGCUGGGUACAAGAAAUGUGAUGAGUACAUUGAAGCUUUAAACACUGGAAAGCUGCAACAGCAACCUGGGUGUAGUGCAGAGGAGACAUUGGAGGCCUUGAUCUUGCGUGAGCUGUCAGUGAUCAGAGACCACGCUGGCAGUGCCUGUCUAAGAGAACUGGACAAGAGCAACAGCCCCCUCAUCAUGGCUUUGUGUGGCUCCAAAGGUUCAUUUAUUAACAUCUCCCAGAUGAUUGCCUGUGUGGGUCAGCAGGCUAUCAGUGGGUUUCGUGUUCCUGAUGGCUUUGAGAACCGAUCCCUUCCUCAUUUUGAAAAACAUUCAAAGCUACCAGCAGCCAAGGGAUUUGUGGCGAACAGCUUUUAUUCUGGACUGACUCCAACAGAAUUCUUCUUCCACACCAUGGCUGGACGUGAAGGUCUGGUAGACACAGCUGUUAAAACAGCAGAGACUGGUUAUAUGCAGAGACGUCUUGUAAAAUCUCUUGAAGACCUCUGCUCUCAGUAUGACUUGACAGUCCGCAGCUCCACUGGUGAUAUUAUUCAGUUUAUAUAUGGAGGAGAUGGGUUGGAUCCUGCAGCUAUGGAAGGAAAGGAUGAACCUCUUGAAUUCAAAAGAGUCUUAGACAAUGUAAAGGCAGUGUUUCCCUGCUCAGAUGAACCAGCCUUAAGUAAAAAUGAACUUGUUCUGACAACAGAGUCCAUACUGAAGAAACCUGAGUUUUUAUCCUGUCAAGAUUCUUAUUUGCAGGAAAUUAGGAAGUUUGUGAAGGCAGUUUCAGAACGCAUCAAGAAAACCAGAGAUAAAUAUGGCAUAAAUGACAAUGGCACUACAGAGCCACGUGUUUUGUACCAACUGGACAGGAUUACACCAUCUCAGCUGGAAAAAUUUUUGGAGACUUGUCGUGAUAAGUACAUGAGAGCUCAAAUGGAACCAGGUUCUGCAGUAGGAGCCUUGUGUGCCCAAAGUAUUGGGGAACCAGGAACACAGAUGACUCUAAAGACUUUUCAUUUUGCUGGCGUUGCCUCCAUGAACAUCACCUUGGGUGUGCCUCGUAUCAAGGAAAUCAUUAAUGCUUCAAAGAACAUCAGUACUCCAAUCAUAACUGCCCACCUGGAUCGAGAUGAUGACUCUGACUUUGCCCGUCUGGUAAAAGGCAGAAUCGAGAAGACCUUGCUAGGCGAGAUAUCUGAGUACAUAGAAGAGGUAUUUCUUCCUGAUGAUUGUUUCCUCCUGGUGAAGCUUUCACUAGAACGUAUACGAUUGCUAAGGCUUGAGGUGAAUGCAGAGACAGUCAGAUAUUCAAUCUGUAUGUCUAAGCUACGUGUGAAGCCUGGAGAUAUAGCGGUUCAUGGCGAGGCUGUGCUUUGUGUUACACCAAGAGAGAACAACAAGAGCUCAAUGUACUAUGUCUUACAGUCACUUAAAGAGGAGCUCCCAAAGGUGGUGGUACAGGGCAUCCCUGAAGUAGCACGCGCUGUCAUACACAUUGAUGAACAGAGUGGCAAGGAAAAGUAUAAACUUCUAGUGGAAGGGGAUAAUCUACGUGCUGUCAUGGCUACCCACGGAGUUAAGGGCUCUCACACCACUUCAAACAACACCUAUGAGGUGGAGAAGACUAUUGGUAUUGAAGCAGCUCGCUCCACCAUUGUAAAUGAGAUCCAAUACACAAUGUCGAACCAUGGAAUGAGUAUUGAUCGGCGACAUGUUAUGCUACUUGGAGACCUCAUGACUUACAAGGGUGAGGUGCUUGGUAUUACACGAUUUGGUCUUGCUAAGAUGAAAGAAAGUGUUCUGAUGUUGGCUUCCUUUGAGAAGACUGCUGACCACCUCUUUGAUGCUGCAUAUUUUGGGCAAAAAGAUUCAGUCUGUGGAGUGUCAGAAUGCAUAAUAAUGGGCAUCCCUAUGAACAUCGGCACUGGGCUCUUUAAGCUUUUGCAUAGGGCAGACAAGGAUCCUAAUCCACCUAAGCGACCACUCAUCUUUGACAACAAAGAAUUUCAUCUUCCUAUUGCUAGUACGUAGCCAGGAAUUUUUCAGUCCAUUAUUAAUCCUUUACAGUGUCUGCUUCCUUCAUGUUGAUGGAAGCUUACAUUGAUGUAGUUGGAAGUGCCUUCAAUAACGUCUUGAUGGAAAAGCUCUUAAUGAAUUAGAAAUGUUUCAUGGUAUAUACAUGUAAAUAUGUUGUGUGUAAUAAAUGUACAGCUGCCAAUUCAGCAAGUAGAAAAUAAUGUAUGAUGUACGUACAUUUAUAGCAGGAUGUUCAGCUAGAUACAAGCACCAAGAGGUAAUGAACUGUAUAUAUACAUACUCUAAACACAACUGUAUUGCAGUUAUUUAAGUACAUAUCAUGCUAAAAGGCACAUUGUGUAUAUUUCUGGAUUAUAUUAUUCAGCAAUAAAUCAGCAUAUGGUCACAUUCUGGUAUAUUUAUUUAGAUUAUUUAAAAAAGCUGAAGGAAUUGCACUUGUGGAAUCUUUAGUAUAAGUUUUCUCCAUUACCCCCAACCAUCCCUCCCUUUCCAUGCUUACUACCCUGGUGCUAUCCAAUCAAGCAUGGACAGCAUCGGCGUAAAGGGCUCAUUCACACGACUGUAUGAAUGGGUCCGUAUCCGUUCCGAAACUUUGCAGAAUGGGUGCGAACUCAUUCAUUUCCAUGGGGACACAAAUGAUAUAGAGCAUGUCCUA